AUGAUCCCCGUAUCGCUUGGACCACUGGAUUUCUCCCCGGAGCCUGAUCUUCAUCCUUUGUAUCCGAGUUCAAGUGUAAUAUCCCGCUUGCUGUCACCCGAUUCUGGCUUAGCACCCUCCCAGAAGUCUGAACUAGUAUCCCAUUCACUGUCGCGAGCAUGCGUAUUCGGGGAUCUAUCUCUUCUCCAGUAUCUUUUGUCUGACCAUCAAUCACAACCUUAUGUCGACCUCAGCACACGCGACGAAGACGGGCUUAGCUUGAUCAGUCAUGCAAUCCUAGGUUUUGGGUCUGAAUCGGAGAGGGAUGUCGAACGUGAAGAGUGCGUUCGGCUGCUGAUUGCCCAAGGAGCUGACGCUACCUCUGCGGAUAAAGCCGGCUGGACUGCCCUGCAUCACGCCGCAGUUCUUUGUCCCCCUACUCUGGUCUCCCAUCUGAUGACGCAUGGAUGCUCCCCUUUCGCAGAAACACAUCGACGGUUGACAUCGCUGGAUAUAGUGACUGCUCACACCGUCCUGCCAGGGCGUGAUGACAUUGCGCUGUUACUCGAAGCAGCAAUGCGGAGCCAAGGAUGGAUGGGAGGCAGGAUGGAAGAGAAGCGGAGAGCGUUGGAUGAGCAACUUAAACGUAAAGGAAGACAGAAAAGCGUACGCGAGAAUAUCUCAAAAGUGCUUGGCCUACAGAAUCAAUGGUGGGAUUCUCGCGAGGAAGAUGAAGGUUUCUCGUCAGAUGAUUCUGAUGGCGAGGAUGAUCAACUUGAUGAAGAAUUGUAUACUCCGAAACUAGACUUUACAUCUAUGCUCGCAUGGUCUCCACAAGAACUUUCACAUAUUUUCGACGCAGUUAUCACAACCUCCCAUACUUCUGUUCGGAAUGCACAACCUGCCAUUACUUUAUACCUUAUGGCGCGUUUUGCAUGCUUAACAUGUGAUCAAACGUGGCUCGAGGAUCUUGUACUAGGAGCGACAGAUGCAAUCGAAGAGAAGUUUUUUAGCCGUUCAGAAGAUAUCACUUGUCUUGUAUUUUGCCUUUACAACGCCACCAUAUGGUUACACCUCAUGCAAUGUGACAACGCUAUAAACGAAUGUUGUGAAAUGUUGGGCUCAUUCGAACUCCUCGAGCAAGUGAUCAACUCUGUGUUUGUAUUCAUCAUUCGUUACGCUGAGCGUAGGAUCGAUCAAUUACUAGACGCAGCGAUACUGGACAGUUCGCCUGUGUCGUCGGGAUUUGAAUCCGUGCAGUUCGAAUCAGAGUGGUCAUUCUUGAGGCCGUUUAGCGCCAAGAAGAAGAGUACGACAAGUACUCCAAGUCAUGGAACACCCAAGAAUAGCACACCAUCUUCACCUCCUUUUCUACCGAGUCGUCCUCCAUCUCCGUCCCCCUUGUUACUCGGCCCCACGCCUGUCACAGCUAAAGGAUUCUCAUCGUUGAGACAAACCCUUUCACGCACAAAAACACCUUCGACAGCGUUCAACACGCAUUCUGACGUCCCGCAAACAACAGAAUUACGCGACAUGACUUCAUUUUUAACGGCACUGCAUUCACUUUUAACUCUUUCGGAUGUCAAUCCUGUGUUAAUGAUUCAAUUCUGGUCUCAAGUGAUGUACUGGACUUCGUGUGAAAUAUUUAAUCGAAUUCUGACUAGGAAAAAGUAUCUCUGCCGGUCAAAAGCGGUACAGAUCGGCAUGAAUCUGGUUGUGUUGGAAGAGUGGAUAGAGGAUAUGGGUCUACCUCGUGGAAUUGCAUCCCAUCUUACACCUGUACGGGACUUGCUGAAUUGGCUUCAGUGUUUGUCAUCGAUUACGGAUUUUUCUAAUCUGGUGGCUACCAUACAGACAAUGAAGAGUAUUAACCCAUUACAAAUGCGACGUGCUGUGCGGGACUACAAAUAUGAAGUUAAUGAGGGGAGGAUGACGGACGAGUGCAUUCAGUAUUUGACGCAGCUCCAAAAAGACUGGGAACGCCAUCGUGUUAAGAUGGGUGUUGAGGCCCUGCGCAAGGAGAUGGGCGAGCGCGAGCGGGAACGUGAGCUUGAAGAUAGCAUGACGAACGAAGCUAAUGCAAGCCUCAACGCAUCCUCAGAUGUACUUGCCGCCCAGCAUAGCAUCGACAACUUGUUCGAUCGUUCGCAUUCACAAUCUGAAUGGAAGCCAGCUAAAGCACCCCAAGUUCUAGGGGAGCUUCUAGAUUCUCGCCAUAUGCUCCCUCUUUUCCUUCCGUCAGAUCCUCGUGUGCUUUCUGCGACGCCCGAAAAACGAGUGGUCAGCGGAUAUGGUGAAGGAGCAGAUGCGCGAACCGCGGCCCACGUUCGGAACACCAGCCAAGCAAGCACCCUUGAUGGAGGGGCAAUGAAGUGGAGAUGUCGUAGUCGAAGAGUACGAAAAGUCGAUUUCGAAACACUCCAAUGGGUCGACAGGUUCAGGACUAAACCACAGACGUUCCAACUGCCCGUGCAUGGAGAAGAGUAUGAAGAGACCUACCCAUCCACACCGCUAUCCGAUGGAAUAGAUGACUUGCACAUCGACACUGAUGUUCCACAUACCGUAUCGCACGGUACCCCACUUACUAAGAGACCAUCAGCCCGUAGUAGAGGGCGUUCCAGUCUUAUUGGGGACCCUGUCAUACCAAUUUCCUUAUGA